CGCUCCCCCAGAGCCCUUUCCAAACGCCUGUUGAAGCUGCUGUAAAAUGUCGUGAGGGACGUCGCCGCUUUGCGGCUGCUGUACAGAACCAUAUCCCGGGAGUGCCCACCGCAGUCAGCGGUUCCUCCAGCGGAGUCCUCGUGAGGGAGGGCGAAAGCACUCGGGCGCGCCACUGGCCUCUCCGCCGCGCCCGCGAGGGCUCCGGGCGAUGUGAACUCGAGGCGACUGCUGUGCUCCUGGGCCCCGGGGCUGAGGUGGGCGGCAGGUGCCUGGGAGGCCGCCGCGGGCCGGCAGGAUGGAGGAGAGCAUGGAGGAAGAGGAGAUGCUCACCUACGAGGCAAUGAUGGACGACCAGAACCACAACAACUGGGAGGCCGCCGCAGACAACUUCCGGCAGCCACCGCCGCCGCCGCCGCCGCCGCCGCCGCCGCCCUCGUCGUCCAUCCCGGAUCCUGGCCGAGAACCCCCGGGGGGCCAGCUGCUGGCUGUGCCCUCGGGCUCCGUGGACAGGAAGGGCCCUAAGGAGGGGCUCCCGAUGGGGCCUCCGCCCUUGCCAGAGCCCAGCGGGGUGAUCAUGAUGUUGAAGAGCUGCGACGCGGCCGCCGCGGUGGCCAAGGCGGCCCCCGCCCCCACCCCGAACUCCACCAUCAACAUCAACACCUCCACUUCCAAGUUCCUAAUGAAUGUUAUAACAAUUGAAGAUUAUAAGAGCACAUACUGGCCAAAAUUAGAUGGUGCCAUAGAUCAACUUUUAACCCAGAGUCCUGGUGAUUAUAUACCUAUAUCCUACGAACAGAUUUACAGUUGUGUAUAUAAGUGUGUAUGCCAGCAGCACUCGGAACAGAUGUACAGUGAUCUGAUUAAAAAGAUAACCAGUCACUUAGAGCGAGUCUCCAAGGAGCUGCAGGCCAGCCCUCCAGACCUCUAUAUCGAAAGAUUUAAUAUAGCUCUGGGACAGUAUAUGGGAGCAUUGCAGAGCAUCGUGCCUCUUUUCAUAUAUAUGAAUAAGUUUUACAUAGAAACUAAGCUUAACAGAGACUUAAAAGAUGAUCUUAUAAAGCUGUUUACGGAACACGUUGCAGAAAAGCACAUUUACAGCCUAAUGCCUUUACUUUUAGAAGCCCAGUCAACACCAUUUCAGGUCACACCUUCAACUAUGGCAAAUAUUGUGAAAGGCCUGUACACUCUCAGACCAGAAUGGGUUCAGAUGGCUCCAACUUUGUUUUCUAAGUUUAUUCCAAACAUUCUGCCUCCAGCUGUGGAAUCUGAACUUUCUGAAUACGCUGCUCAAGAUCAGAAGCUUCAAAGAGAACUUAUACAGAACGGUUUUACCAGAGGUGACCAGUCCCGGAAAAGAGCUGGGGAUGAGUUGACUUAUAACAGUCCGUCUGCUUGUGCAAGUUCCAGGGGAUACAGAUAGUGACUGCUGAAGUACUUUUCUCUCGGAGAGAAGACACUGGAGCUGCAGAAACUGUUCCAGGCACAGCGGGGCCUGCACCACUCAGGAGCUCUGUCAAAAGGCUGUUCUCAGAGAGGAUGCCACACUUCUUUCUUUGAUUUUCAGUUUUCAAAAACAAGAACUAACAAAAACAAUUGCUGCUAGACUUGGGGGUGAUUUUGAAAUGGGACAAUCUUUUAAUGAGUUUAUCUACAGAGCAAGUGUCUUGGAGAGCGGCCAUUGCUAAGUGAAGCCCAACAUGCAAAUCAGCUUCCUCCAAAAUACAAGAACGAUAGAAUCUUAUUAUUUUUUAAGCAUUUGUCUUGUUCAUUUGUGGACUUGGCACAUGGUGUCUCAUGUCAAGAUAUCUUUGCUUUAAACAAGCAGAUGUUACAAUACAGUGUUCACCCGUGCCCCAAACAAUCUGUUUUAAAUUCAGAAUUGGUCUAUGUUUAGCAUUAGUCUUAUGGAGAAAAAUGCUAAUAAUUGCUUUCACUAUAACUUUCCCCAUCAGUUCACGUUUUUAACUCUGUGCCUUGAGCUUUGUGCACUUUGCAACUAUGUGACUAUGUCAUCAAACUCACAAUGCUUCCUGGAGAAGUUGAUACCCAAACUGGCCUACCAAGGCCUCUGGUGUGGCUUUGUAGCAGGAUCUGAUUGAGAAAAUGGGCAGAGGUCAGAAUUCACCCUUCUGUCCCAGUUCUCAUGGGGACCAACUCUUACAGAGUGGUUUCCUUUCUGCCGUCACCUCACCUGAUCUUACCAGCCUCUAGUGUGGGUAGAGUCCUGGUCUGUGAUACUGUAGAGAUUACCCAGCUGUGGGAGCUGUUACCUGGAUCCCUCUAGGGAGCAAUAGUAGUUAAAGCCAAAAAUAGUAAAUAUUUCUUGGUCCAUCUCAUUUUGAUGGGUGCAUUUUAGUAUUUGUAAAAGGUCAGCUCUGCCCUGCAUCUUGUAAACAUCAUGUUUGAUAUUUGAGUACAGCAGGGGAGAGUUUGCACUGGUGUUUGAAGACUACCUUCAGCUGUGAUAAAGCUGUAUUGUCUGUUUCACUACACCAAUAGUGCUCUUUAGAUCUUCACAAACGUCUGAAGCUUUCUCUAGCUGUUUUUCAAUGGUAAACAAAAACAGGCAUGGUGAAGGAAAAAUAUUUUUCUUCUCAGUUUUGCUUGACUGUGAAGUGGCUUCGUGCUACCAGGCUUUAGCUGACGGUGAUUCUGACCCUUCAGAGAAUGCCUCCCCAGGCUACUACUUCGAAACAGUGGGCAGAAGAGUUAGAAAUGGUGCACUGGGGGCAAGAAUGUUGCCCAGUAGCAGUCCUGGAUUUGUAAAUGAUGGUCUAGGGGAGGAAUAGUAAGAGCUGACAGCUUGGCUCCUUCGGGUACUUCUCUGCAGUUGGUAGUUUGUGGGGACUUUAAUUGGCUUCGUUUUAUUUGGGUUACCCUGAGUAGAGACAGGAAGGUGUACAGCUUUUUCUGCUCUAAUAUCAAGGGAAAUUUUCAUUUUAUCAAGAAGCCCAAAGUUUACUUUUCUGUUGGAAUGCUUGCCACAAGGUUGUAAAUAUAAUUUGAAACUGGUUUCUUCUACAUGGCUUUAAUAUUUUUGACAGUAGUAAAGUUGGAACAUUUCUUGAGACAUAAGUAAGUAGCUCAGUGUCUUAAUUUCCACCCUCCCACCUCCACUGGAAGAACGUACUCUUUUUUUUCUCCAAUAGAACUUUCCCUAUAAAAGCAUCAUAUUACAUAAAUUGGCAUUAAAGUGUGUGCUUUUGUGUUAUUAAAUUAAUGGAGAUAUAAUCAUACACAUUCUGUGUUAGCACAAAAUAGAGGAAAGCCUGUAAAAUUCUGAGUCAGAGCUGGAUACAACUGUACUGGUACUGAAAGGCAUAGUUUGUAAAACAUACUCAAGGUGAAAUUGGCCUUGCUUAUUAAUUGAAAUCUUGACAGAAUUCGUAGUCCUCAACUAUGAGGAAGUAAAAUCUGCUCUCUCCCACUUUAUAUUUCCAGAAAACACUUUCUUUUCAUGUGUCUUGUGUUCUUGCCAGUGAGAUGUGCAGUUUUUCUACCCCUGCUGAGGACUACUUUCUUUUUUUUUUUUUUUUUUUUUUUUUUUUGGUUUUUCGAGACAGGGUUUCUCUGUGUAGCUUUGCGCCUUUCCUGGAACUCACUUGGUAGUCGAGGCUGGCCUCGAACUCACAGAGAUCCGCCUGGCUCUGCCUCCCGAGUGCUGGGAUUAAAGGCGUGCGCCACCACCGCCCGGCUGAGGACUACUUUCUUAAUCAGAUCCUCAAUGGCCAAAUGAUGCACAUUGGUUAGCCAGUCAGUGUAAUGCAGUUAAUGCUUUAAAAGAAAGCCACAAAGUGUGCGUUACUGAAACUUCUGGAAAAGUCUUUUUUUCUGGUUCACUUUCUCUCCCUUUUGCUAGGAUGAAGUUGGUUUGAGUGUUGGUAAGAGUGCAGAGGAAAGGUGCCCUUGGUCACGACACUGCAUAUAUGUCUCUAAUGCUCAGACCUGCGUAGCUGCUGCCCCCCCCUGUUUGCUUUCUGUCAGGUUGCAAAUUUGCACACAUGAAUGAUUCCUCAGGAACAGUUUGCACACUCCUCACUUCAAUGUACUCUGUAUAGACCAAACAGCAUCAAAGGUUAUCAGCAUGAGAGGCUUCAUACACUUACUAGCGAAGGCCAUGGUGAGCUUGCAAACAAAACUGGUUUUUGCAGGUAAUGGAAAGAGGAGCAUUUAAUGUUUAAACAACCUCCCUGUAAAUAGAGUAAAUAACCUUCCAGAUUUUGCUGUCUUAUUGAGACUGUUUGUUUUGUUUUUUUCUCCUGUUUCUUCUCUCUCACAGUGGUUAAUUAUUCCCACAGUUAGUAUGCAGAAGGAAUUUCCCUUGAGCUAAGAUUCAAUUGUUUAUUAAGCAGCCAACAUUAAACUAAGCAUUAUUCUAUGAAUGUAUAUUCAUAGAGUAUACUAAGCUGAGAUAAUAAGAAACAACUAAAAAGCAAAACAAAAACCCUGCAUUAGCUAUCCAGCUGUUAGAGUGUUUAGAGUUUUUUGUUUGUUUGUUUUUAUGGUGUAUCCCUUGAGCUUUUAGCUUGGAAUAUUAUAUUUGCUUUUAUCCAUGUGUAGGUCUUUUAAGGGGAUGUUAAAAUUCAAGGUUGGAAUGUGACACCAUUAACUGACACCUAAAGCAAGUAUAGAGAGCCUUUUCUGUUGUGAUGAGUGCUUUCAGUAAAAGUGUGCAAAAUGAGGUUCAUUUUGACCAGAGGUUGCAGCGGUCCAUAGAGAAAUGGCUCUUGUGCUUUAAUUACCACAUAGAAAUUUGCCUUGAUUUCUGACCCCCAGAACUUUGGGAAGGAGGUACCUGUUCUUUCCCAAAGGAAAUGCCUCCUCUCUGGUCCCCCUGCUGCUUAACUGCAGUCACUGCCUCCUCCUUCCUGCUCUAGCUGAGACCUUAACUUGAACCUCUGUCCAGAGCCAGUGGCUUGGGUCUGCCACCUCACUGCAGGACCUGUUAUUUUACAGAUCUGUGCUCUGCUGUGAAGAACUUGGUUUUAGGUUUGAUUCAUUGUUAGAAGAGUGCUGAUGAAUUAUACCUCUGGGAAAGUCAUCAGCAUGGCUCUGAGGUUAAAAGUUGAGUGGUUUGGAAAAUAGUUUGUAUUGGUUUUUAUGUGUCUUUUAAAUAUUGUGACUGUACUAAAUGCAGUAAGACUGAAUGUUCUCCUAGGGUGUGUUUGGUUGAAUGGUUGGCAGUACCCUUGGCUCUUCUUAGUCUUAUUUGUCAGUGUUACAGCCGUGCAAUUGUAGAGAAAUUAUUUAAUGUCAAGUCCUGAAGAACUGUGACUCAAACAAAUGCUUAUACAAAAUUUGGAGAUCACAUGCAGGCAAAAGCUUUUGCCACCCACCAGCAUAGCAGAGUGAAUGAAGCAUUGCUGUCCAGUCUCCCGACCACUUGUCAUAAGGCAUGGCAAAUCUGGUACUGUCCUUUGCCACUCACUCAUUCACAGAAUAAGACUAAAGCGCUUACUGAGCUGGGGCACAAAGCUGCUGGCCUGGGCUCUCCUUAUAAACAUUUGAUGGAUUUUGAAUCACUCUUCUGUAUUAGGUGUAUAUUCUUACUAAAACAUUGUGGUUAAUGGAAAAUAAAUCUUGUACAGAUGUCCUUAAA